CGGCUGGACUCCAUUAAGCCGAAGCCUGCAGGAAACUGUUUGGGAUACUCCACUUCUCCAGCGAGUUCUUCGGGGAUUUCUCUCCGUGUUCCGUUUCGCUCCAACAGAAGAGCUCCUACAUGAUUUAGAGCGGGGGACUUGUUCCGCGCCGUGUGUUAGUCGACUGGUUUUAGUGUCGUGUUCGUCUUUGUGAAGGAUGGCGCUGGACGGGAUCCGAAUGCCCGAUGGCUGCUACGCCGACGGGACGUGGGAACUGAAAAUGCAUGUCACCGACCUCCACAGGGACGUGUCGCUGAGGGUGACUGGGGAGAUCCACAUCGGCGGGGUCAUGCUCAAACUGGUGGAGAAACUAGAUGUGAAGAAGGACUGGUCAGACCAUGCUUUGUGGUGGGAGAAGAAGAAGACAUGGCUGUUGAAAACCCACUGGACAUUGGACAAGUACGGCAUUCAAGCCGACGCCAGGCUGCUCUUCACACCGCAGCACAAGCUGCUGCGCCUCCAGCUGCCCAACAUGAAGCACAUGAAGGUCAAGGUCAACUUCUCGGACCGCGUCUUCAAGGCUGUGUCCGACAUCUGCAAAACUUUCAAUAUCCGCCACCCAGAGGAGCUAUCUCUACUGCGUAAGCCCCGUGAUCCCAAGAAGAAGAAGAAAAAGCUGGAGGAGGCGGAGGAGGCUGAUCUGGAGCUGGAGGGUCCACUGUUAACCCCCGGAUCAGCCUCUGAGAUAGUAUACAUCGGACCUGUCAAAGGGAGCAUCUACUCCAGUCCAGGCUUGUACAGUAAGACUAUGACCCCCACCUACGACUCCAGGGACGGCAGUCCGCUGUCACCCACCUCCGCCUGGUUCGGGGACAGCCCCUUGUCUGAGGGCAACCCCAGCAUCCUCGCUGUCAGCCAGCCAAUCUCCUCACCAGACAUCUUGGUGAAACUGUACAAGCCCCAGUCCCUGUUGGACAAAGCCAAAAUCAACCAGGGGUGGUUGGACUCAUCCAGGUCUCUGAUGGAGCAGGACGUGAAGGAGAACGAGGUGCUGCUGCUGAGGUUCAAAUACCACAGUUUCUUCGAUCUCAACCCUAAGUACGAUGCCAUCCGAGUGAACCAGCUCUAUGAGCAGUCCAAGUGGGCCAUCCUGUUGGAGGAAAUUGAGUGCACAGAGGAGGAAAUGAUGAUGUUUGCUGCCCUGCAGUAUCACAUCAACAAGCUGUCGAUCAUGGCUUCGGAGAACCACAUGAAUAACAGUGAAAAGGAAGUGGAUGAGGUGGACGCGGCCCUGUCAGACCUGGAGAUUACUUUGGAAGGAGGGAAGACGUCCAACACACUGGGUGAUAUCACAUCUAUUCCUGAGCUAGCUGACUACGUCAAAGUUUUCAAACCCAAGAAACUGACGCUGAAGGGCUAUAAGCAGUACUGGUGCACAUUCAAGGAUAUCACAAUUUCCUGUUACAAGAGUAAAGACGAGGCACACGGGACACCAGCUCACCAAAUGAAUCUCAGAGGUUGUGAGGUAACUCCAGAUGUUAACAUCUCGGGUCAGAAAUUCAACAUCAAGUUGCUAAUCCCUGUGGCUGAUGGCAUGAACGAGAUCUGGCUUCGGUGUGACAUGGAGAAGCAGUACGCCCACUGGAUGGCUGCGUGUCGCCUGGCCUCCAAAGGAAAGACCAUGGCCGACAGCUCUUACAACCUGGAGGUCCAGAACAUUCUGUCCUUCCUCAAGAUGCAGCACAUGAACCCAGACCCUCAGUUCAUCGAGCCGAUCACCACCGAUAUCAACCCAGAAUGCCUGGUGUCCCCGCGCUACCUGAAGAAGUACAAGAACAAGCAGCCAGGCUAUAUCAGGGACUUGAUUUCAGCCCGGAUCCUGGAAGCCCACCAGAACGUGGCCCAGAUGAGUCUCAUCGAGGCCAAGAUGCGCUUCAUCCAGGCGUGGCAGUCCCUGCCCGAGUUCGGAAUCACCCACUUCCUCGCCAGGUUCCAGGGUGUGAAGCGGGAGGAGCUGAUGGGCAUCACUUACAACCGUUUGAUCCGGAUGGAUGCGAGCAAUGGAGACGCCAUCAAGACUUGGCGCUUUAGCAACAUGAAACAGUGGAACGUCAACUGGGAGAUCAAGAUGGUGACGGUGGAAUUUGCCGACGAGCCGACCCUGUCGUUCGUCUGCGCCGAGGUGGACUGCAAGGUCGUCCACGAGUUCAUCGGCGGCUACAUCUUCCUGUCCACGCGCGCCAAGGACCAGAACGAGUCCCUCGACGAGGAGAUGUUCUAUAAGCUGACCAGCGGCUGGGUCUGAGAACAACCAGGGCUCAACGAUCGUGGGUCUGGGGGAGGGGGCCAGGAGGGGAGUGAUGGGGGGGGGGGGGGUGGAACCACAUUGUAUGGGUUUAUUUUAUUCUCCUGUUGUCAGUCUUUUUGAAUAGUUUGUGUAAUAGCUGUGCUGAAGAGUCCAGAGCAGCACAGCCGUUGCCACGCUGAUACCGUUUCUUUUACCGUUAUUUCUGCGUUAACGCCGACGAGGUCGUCUGUUACAACACUAACAUUGCGGUGAACGCAGUCUCCGUGAACUCUGAACACUAACUCCUGUGGUUGAGCAGAAGCCUGUUUUAACUCCGACCACCUGCCUCCUCUCCUCCCGGACCGACGGCCAUCAACUUACGUCCAUGACUUAACCCUUUAAAAACACAAAAUUUGAAUCCCAAAGAUCACUUCUUCUGUUUUUUUGUCCUCCUUCACUCUUUUUUCCCUCUCUCUUCUAGAACGGGACUAAAGGAGCUGAUAUCAAACAUGUUGUGAUGUAGUGCCACAGAUACCCACAGUUCUAUCCAGUUAUUUAUCCUAAAAGAUGGGACUCCCUCAGAGAGUCUAAUCAACAAGGUGUCUGUAAAAAGCGGCGUACAUCCCAUCCACUCUAUGAAGGGUUCCAUGUCUUUUGAAGUCACGUGUAAGCACUUCGACAGUACACAGUCCUGUUUAUGAAUAAGCUGUUUUUUUAAAUUGCUCGUGAUGUCUUGUCGUCUCGGUUUCACCACCGGCGAGUCUCGUCUCUCCUUUGAAUUUUCAUUGUAUCAGGUGAUCGGUGCGACACCGGGAGCCUGGGUUAAGUUGUUUUUUAGUAUUUAACGGGCUGCUAAUAGUGAGCAUGUCUGAAAACUCCGUUCAGUGCACAGGGAUGAGUGUCCCGUUUAAAAAUCUGGUUUCAAACUGACCUACGUAACCUAAUGCUCGUCUUUAAAAGUCAUUUAUUCUAGUCUUCGGCCUGUUUAGUGUUUUUUAAAAACACCUUUUAACACCUUGACAACUGUGGUAGUUUGAUAAUGUUAGAAGGGGGGCUGCGACUAUCGAUUUUUUUUUCAUUAUCGAUUAAUCGAGAAAAAUAACCAACAGAUUAAUCGAUUAUUUGUUUGGUCCAUAAAAUGGUCACAAAUGUGGAGCGUGUUUCCCACAACCCCGAGAUGAUGUUUUGUUUUGUCCACAAACCAAAGAUAUGCAGUUUUCUGUCAUAGAGAAGCAAAGAAAACCCAGAAAAUGUUCACAUUCAAGAAGCUGAAAUCAAUUUUUUUUUUUUUAUCGAUUAUGAAAAUAGUUGCUCAUUAAUUUAGCGGUCGAUAACUAAUCGAUUUAUUGUCGCAGCUCUAGUCCCAAGGUAUCACAGCAUGAGUAUUUGAAAAGCCUUCACGCUUAGGCAGUUUUUAAUGCUAGUUGUUUUUUUUUGAUAUAUAUAUAUAUAUAUUUAAAGACUCUUCUUCUGAAGUUAACAUUUAGCCAGACGUUGUUCUGACCACAUUAUGAAUUGGGGGGAAAUCACGACCGCAUGCGUUCAACUGCAUCCAGAUUUAAAACCCCUGACAUGUCGUCGCUUUGUGCAUCUACACUACAUAACACAAGGAACGACCACUUCCUUGUACCACCUUUUUAAAUCUCUUGCCUUUCUGUCUCUCACGCCGUAUAGUAUUGAUAUUGUCAUUAUGAUUAUUCUUAUCUUUAUCAUUACACACCAGCAAAAAAAGGUCACUGAGUUUGAAGAAUAAAUAUGCAAAUGUUUUUUGUUUUUUCUUCUGUCCUCAGUAUGAAGGAUCAGUCAAUAAAGUAUUAUUUUUUGUAACUAAUGUAAAAACACAAACGUUUUAUAGAAAUUGUACAGUUUUUUUCUGCUUUUUGGGUGGGGGGGUUGGGUUUUCUUUCAGAAAAAAAUAGGGGGUGGGGCAUCUGUCAACCUGUAGUGUUCUGAAAUGUGCCUGCUUAUGUUGUGGUCUUGUUGAGUUCUCAGAUGAAGAUAUAUAUAUAUAUGAAUAUAUAUGAAGAUGACACUUGUCUCAAACUCCAGGUUUGAUGAAGAUGUUUGUCGAGUAUAUAUAUUUUUUUUUUCUAAAAUACAGAUACGUAUGCCUUUUCAAUGUGUUCUUUUUUUCUUGUAUUACUGCUUAAUUUUAUUGACUCUGCUCUCUCUCCUACCACCCGAGUUUCAUUUUUAGCUCGUCCUUUAGACUGACAGUGAUACUUUAACGUGCAUUUUUACUGCAAAUUGAAUUUGCUCCGCGCCUUUUUGUGAAAUACUUUCACUUGGUCACAACUGAAGUGUGCCAUUAAUAAUGUCCAUAUGAAGGAGUUUGAGACAAAUCAGCAAAAAUGAACAGAGGAAAAGAGAAAAUCAAGCCACGGUGUUUUUCCUUCUCCCCCUUAUGUUUUUGUUUGCCUCCAGUGUCAGGAGCAGCAGUGCAUGUCCUGCUGCUCUGUUUUCUGACUGUAAAAAUGCAUUUAUUUUAAAAAAAAAUUAAUAAAGUAAUUUUUAUUUAAA